AUGAAUCGUGAGAUAGGUGUCCAAACUGUGACCUUAACUAAUGCUCCAAAAGGUGCAUUUUCAACCUGGCAAGGACACCAAGAAGCGAAACCGGAAAUGAAGCAAGAGAAGCUCCCAUUUGAAAAGAGACGCUGUCCCUGUGGCAGCUCCCACCCGAGGCAUAAGGUUGCCACUUGCUAUAUCAUGAAUGAAGCAAUUCGACCGGAGGGAUACACUCUUAAUGAGCGUACGCUAGAGAAAGCGAAGAAGAAGUUAGCAAAGGACCUCGCUUGGAAGCAAUGGGUCGACAAAGUGGUUGCUGAAGCUCAGCUAAAGGCGGAAUAUGCUAACCAGGUUAGCUUUGCUACCACCUACCAAAAGCAUGAAGCCGUACAGAUUAGUAAGCAUGUGCUAUCUGUAGCAAAAAGCGACGAGCCCUCUCUUCAUGAUCGAUGGAUUCUCGACACUGGAUCGAGUACGCAUAUCUGUAAUGAUAGGAGCUUAUUUGUUGACUUCACCCCGGACGAUAUGGAAGUUUCAACUGGAGACAGCACCACAAAGAUGCUCGGUAGGGGUACAGUUCGCCUGAUAGGAAGACACCCGGUGAAGGGAAGGAUGGAGAUCACAUUGAGUGAUGCUCUAUACUCACCUGGAUUCCAUACAAAUCUAGUAUCAUACGCGAUGCUAAGGAAGAAAGGUGGCCUUUGGUGUCAAAAGACGAAUUGCAUACGGGAUCCUAAUGAUAGGCCUGUCGUUAGUGUACACUUUUGGGAUCACUUUAACCUCUGGCUUUUUGAUAAGCCUGGCGAAGCUCCUCCGCAGCAGGCAUAUGCCACCCAGGCAGGCGUACUGAACUUAGUGAAGCCGCAGGAAUCAAAGGCUUCCUCCGAAUUAUGGCAUCGGCGCCUAGCCCACGUUGAACCACGUACUAUAGCAAAGCUUGCUAGCAUGGUAGACGGCGUCGUUCUUGAAGAUAAGAAGUCGACGGAGCAGCAAUCUCUAUGUCAAAUCUGUAAGACAGGAAGUGCUCCGAGGCAGAUAUCACGACGGCCAGUCGGAAGAUCCUUUGGACGAUUUGGAAGGGUGCACUUUGAUCUAAUUCAACUGCCACCGGCGUACAACAGACAUCGCUGGAUAUCUCACUUCUAUCUAGAAGGACCGAGGUUCCAUUGGAUCAUGACACAUGAAGUCAAACCGGAAUGCCAGCUUGCGAUAAAGGAGUUCGUACAGCUAGCAAGGAAUCAGUGGAAGCUGCCGAUCAAGGCUUUCCACUACGAUAAUGAAGCCGCAGCAGGCAGAGCAGCGGAGUACAGCCUAACGGCUGAUGGUAUCUUAGUAUAUCAUACUCCUCCUGGACACUCAGAAAUGAAUGGGUAUGCUGAGAGAUCUGGCGGGAUGAUCAUCACCCGCAUGCGUAUGCUCGCUCUCGAAGGGAAGCUUCCUAAGGACCUAUGGCCAGAAUUUGCAAGCGCCGCCGUAUGGUUAUUGAAUCGUACGCCGUCGUAUAUCGCUACCGAGAACCGCUGGGUGGUUCCGUGGGAAGAAGUUAGGAAGGAAUUUGCACCGGUGAUACCGAAGACUAACCUGUCAAAUGUCAGGCUAUACGGGAGCAUGGCGUACUGUAGGAUUGAGAAUCAAGUAUAG